AUGUACACGGUGCCGCCUGCCCCGCGAAAGCCAGCCAAAGAGAAGCCUCCUGCAGGAAGAAAUCGGUCUGUACCACGCGUCACGCAGAUCAUUUUAAUCCUGUGGGCUGUCUUCUGGCUCUACGCAUGCUUAGUCGUCGGUGUGAAAGUUAUGGAAUUGAUGGGCCAUUUUAUACAGAACCUUGGAAUCGCUAACCGCAAAGUGGGACUGAUCCGGGUGGAAAAUUCUUCUAAUAUCUCAGCUGUAUUUCCUGAGCAAUUAGACAUCAUUGAUGUUACUCAGUUUCACAAAGAUUCAUGGCCUGGAAUGUCGUCUUUGGAUGUGGGACAAGGGGAAGAAGCCUUUAAUGAUGCCCUAGGAAACGGAAGUGUAUCCCAUACGAAUGUGGAAUUUGUUGGGGCAGAAGAAGACCAAAUAGCAUCACUGAAGAACUACAGCGGGACUGGAGACUUCUACAACAUGAUGCCUGCACCAGAGCUCGUAAGAGUUCAUGUUUCUACAGCCGGUGUGACAACGAAUAUGGCUGUCGGUGACUUUAAAAACGAAAGUCUUGCUUCUGAUCCGGUCUUCAACGACACUUCAACAGGUGUCAAUUAUAAAUCGAGCGACCCCAUCGAUGAUGGAGAUACCUCCAAAACUACCACCACUGAACCAUCCCCCGACUUCAUCGCCGCCCUCCGAGCUAACUCCACUGGCGCGACUUUCUUGGCAGCUCGUCUUGCGUCGUACACCGCCACUGCUCCAGAAGAGGCCAAAUCACCUAAGAAUCGCGGUGCAAUUUUGUGGAAAGUGAAUGUCGACUAG